AUGCACAAACUUUAUACAGGGAUUUUGUAUCUGUACAUGAAAACCAUAGAGCGUGCCCAUUCUCCGGCACAUAUGUGGGAGCGCAUCAAGCUUUCGAACAACUACACAAAAGCUCUCGAGCAGAUUGACUCUGAACUCAUACACUGGCCAAAUUUUACGAUACAUAAAUGCAAGCAGCGUGUCACGAAAAUAACUCAAUACCUGAUCAAGAUGCGGCGUAUGCGCCUGCGGCAACAACCGAAACUCGUCGGCGUCAAGAAGAAACUCGAUCGGCGUGACGCUGUGCGAGAACGCAAAGCUCUCUCUGCAGCCCGAUUGGAACGCGCAAUAGAGGCAGAGCUUUUAGAACGACUUAAGAGCAAAGCCUAUGGCGACGCACCCUUGAACGUUAAUGAAGAAGUAUGGCAGGCAGUGCUUGAUCGCGAAAAAGGGAAGGGCAAAGAAAGAGCGGAGGGAGUGGAGGACGACGAAGUGGAACUGGUGGAUGACGAAACGGAUGAGGACGAAGAAGAGUUAGGGGAGAAUGAUGAGUGGGGAGAGAGAGAGUUUGUCAGUGACUUGAGUGGGGGGGAGGAUGAGCUCAGUGAUUUCGAGGAUGUAGAGUCGGAUGAAGAAGGGGAUGACAGUGAUGAGGAUGAUGGAGACACAGAUGAACAUGACGAGGGAACACGAAAAUCGAUCUUGGGCAAGAGGAGAGCAGCAUCGAGCAAAGCGCGGAAGCCCCCACGAACAGCACCCGAAAAGAAAGCUCGACGCGGACCGAGAGUCGAGGUUGAGUAUGAGCACGAGAUGGAAACUGUGCCUCUUACGAAGGAGGCAGUAGCAAGUUGGUAA